GCCAAUUUACGAAGCAACUACAUGAGAGAAACACGCAAACUGACCAUACGUCGAAUCGAAGGCAAACCGUUGAGAAUCACGUGGCCAUAUUUCAGUCUAUUAGAAUUCCUAAAUCCAAGCUUUCACAAAUUCCCACAACAACGAUGAACGAAUCCGGCCAAGACAGGGGUGAGGAUAUCGUCGAGAUAGACGAAUUUUUCGAUAUCAAGCGAGAGGUGCUGCUAUCGGAACAUGAAUCGGAUGUGGAAAUUAUAGACGAAUCUGAGGACGAUUCAGUAGCUCAAGCCUCAGCACAGUCUCCUUUAGUGGUCAACGUCACAGAUGGCAGCACACUUAGCGACGACGAUGUACCACAUUGCUGGACCAAAACCCAAUGCGAAAACUUCAGAAUGCACCACAAAUGGCUCGUGAUCAAGAAUCGUAAGCUGGGAUGUAGACCUUGCAUGAGGAUGUUCCAAAUCGAGCUUGCAAAGGCGGAUGAUAACGCAGAUCUAACGAAAGGUCUAGGGAAAUCUGCAAUUGGUUGGCGAACUUGCCAAAUAGUGUCAAACGCUCAAAGGAAUACAACUCAUCAGGCAGCUCUCCGUGGGCGAAUCUCCGUUCACGAGCGUUCCACCUACCACAUGACAGCGAUAGCCGCCGAAGAGCAAUUGGAACGAUUCGCCGUACAAGAACGACUCAUCAAAUUCAAGAAUCAACUUGACCCGAAAAGCUUGCUCACCGUAUUCACUCUGGCUUACAACGUCGUCAAAUGCCAGCAGCCUUUCGAUCGGUUCUCGUCGAUGUGCUCGUUCGAUGGAUCGGAGAAUUUCUUCAACGCGACGUCGUUGACUCGAGAAAAGCUCUUUUGUUCCAUUUUGAACCAUAUCGCUACCGAAUUGCGUAAAUCUUUGGUUAAGCGAAUGCUCUCUCGAACCGAUCAGAAAAUUUCCAUCGUGAUGCACGAGACCCGUUUCACGAAUGGAGGUAAAAUGUUGAUAGGUGUGCACCUCAAGUUCCACGACGUUCAAAUAUUCGAUAAACAGCGACCUAACGACGCUUACGUGUUUUUCGAUCUGCUGUCUGCUUCAUCGCGUAAUUCCGAAGAGGCGAUUGUUGCGUUGAUUCACAGUUUGCUGAAAUACAACGUUACCAAAGAAUUCCUCCGGACUAAUGUGCUCUCUUUCAUACUGGACGAGUAUUCUACGUUGUUUGGACUCAAUUCGAGUAUAGCGAAAACGUUGGGUCGGCAAGUUCUCUUGUUUCCCAGAGUGAAGAUAAACUACGGUUUCGAUCAUGCUUUCAAAGAAUCCAUCCGUAAAUCUUUCGACAACAUUAGAAAAACAAUAAAAUGCGCACUCAUGUUUACUACGCCUGGGAUAGCCGACACCAUGUUCAUCAGUUUGGUUGGUCCUACGGUCGAGAAUUUCAGAGCCAGCGAUAUAGUUCCUAAUUGGUUAACGAACGGCGACCCGCAGAAUACACAAAUGAAGCCACCGUCACCCAAGAAGAAGGCAAUCGUCGAUGAAGAAGCUGAGAAGAUCUCAAUUGAUAUGGCUUUGGCAGCAGAGCCUCACGACGAGCAAAGAUUGGUGAUCGAUUUGAGAUCGGAAUCGAACUCAAAUUCUCAUCAGGGAAGUGACGAUAUCGUCGAAGAUGCUCCUACGAUCACUGUCAGCAGUUAUUGUGAAGAGAACACCGGUGAUAAUGGUGAAUGCAACGUUAAACGUAAGAAGAGAUCAUGGCGUCAGGUGGAUACAAGUACAACGCAGAAUUCCGUAUCAGCAGAUAAUGAUACAGUCGAAAAAGUAACUCAACGGUUUCCACAGCCACAGGUUAGAAGUACUUCCGAUUCUUGCGCCACCUGUAACGAAGACAACGAUAGAUUAUUUCUACUGAGUUUGUUGCCGUUUAUGAAACAAAUGAAUACUCGCGCAAAUCUCGAAUUUCGCACCGAAGUUCAACAACUUCUGCAGAAAAAAAUCACCUCUAAAUGAUCAGACUAUUACUCGAUUGAGUUCGAGACAAAUUGCAAGCAGACAAAUCUUACUUUUUAAUACCUUAUUGCAUUUAGUUUUAUAUUAAGAGCGUUCUGCGUUGCGUACUUCAUAUUAUUACAGAGAGUACUGUCUUACGAAUAUACCUAAUUCGAUUUUGAUCUCAAAAGUAAUAAUUUUGUUACAUGUACUGAAGAUGACGUGGUACCUACCUACCUACCGAUUAGCGUACUAAGUAAAUUCAAAUGUUAGAUGUAUUUUUAUUUUAGUGUGUUUUUUUUGUUUCAAUUUUUUUAUUUUCAUUUUACUAGUGAUUACUGAUUAGUAUUGUUCUCGUUAUAACUAUACAUACUAGUUAAUAAAGCUUUGUUGAUGAAUACUACAA